AGCAUUCGCGACGGCGUUUAUGAAGGAAGCGGCUAUGUUGAACUUCACGUUGGCGAAUGCGGUGGAGCCGUUCGGCGUGUGCUUUGAGGGGAGCAGCGUUGCGAUGACGGCGGCGGGACCGAGGGCGCCGGUGGUGUAUUUGGAAAUGGAGAAGGGGAAAGUGGUGUGGAAAUUGGGGGGAAGGAAUUCGAUGGUGAGGAUUAAGAAGCUGGGAGUGGAUUUGUGGUGCUUAGGAUAUGUUAAUGGCGGGGAGUUCCCGAGGACGCCGAUCGUGAUCGGAGGUCUGCAAAUGGAGGAUCAUUUGUUGCAGUUCGAUCUUGAAAAGCAUAGAUUUGGGUUUACUUCGUCGGCGUUGCUGCAAGGGACUUCGUGUUCUAAGUUCAACUUCAGUUCUUCCGACAAUUUGUUAUAAUAAUAUGUUAGUGGAUAAUAGCCACUAAAAUAAAAUAAACCCAAAUCGAGAUUAAAUCGAA